AUGGUUGUAUCAUCUCCUGAAAUUGCCAAAGAAGUACUUCAGAAACAUGAUCAAGCCUUUUCGAGCCGAAUAAUUACAGCUGCAGCGCGAGCACUCGACCACCACAAGGCAUCUGUGGCUUGCUUACCAGCGGAAAGCAAGUGGCGGAGUCACCGGAAAAUAUGCAAAGAACAAAUGUUUUCAUUAGACAGACUUGAUGCUAGCCAGGGUCUUCGCCAAGACAAAUUGCAGAAACUGCUUGAUUAUGUGCAGGAAUGUUGCUCGAGCGGUCAAGUCGUGGAUAUUGCAGAAGUUGCUUUUGUAACAUCACUUAACUUGAUAUCGAACACCCUAUUCUCAGUUGAUUUUGCUUAUUUUAAUUCUGACGCGUCUCAAGAACUGAAGGAAAUUGUAGGAAACGUGAUGAAAAUUUUAGGCACUCCAAAUCUUGGGGACUUCCUCCCAGUUCUUAAAUGGAUUGAUCCCACAAGAUUGCUAUCAAGAGGAACACAAAUUGGUUCUCCACUGAAACAUGAUGUACUGGAAGCACUCCUUGAUCUCAGCCAAAGAAAUGAUUCCGGCUUAAGCGUCAACGAUAUAAAGCAUUUACUUCUGGACUUAUUUGUGGCAGGAACAGACACAACUGCAAGAUUUCCUAGGACACGAAAUAAGAUCCUAGAACAAGCUAGUUCACCAGAAAUCUUUCAUAACCAGCAACUAGCUCUAUAUGUCGAGAGUGAAACAAAAGCAAUACUUCGAUCACCAUAA